GCCAACACUAUGCCAAACAUAGCACUUUCCAGUUUAAGAAAACGCAUUUAACAAGUUUGUGAAAGUAAUAGUUCUUUUAAUUCGUCGUUUUGUCUGUAGUACCAAGAGUGUCUUUUGAUUGUGUAAGAAAGUCGUGCGUGAUACGAAAAGUAAACAGAAAGAGCUGCUGCGUGUGGUAAAAAUGGUGGACAAAUUAGUGAACAGUGAAGCGAAUGCCCGUCGGAUACAGAUGGUGGAAAAUUGUUUCGGAACAUCCGGACAACCUUUGUUUCUACCUGGCCGGGUGCUGGUUGGCGAAGGUGUGCUGACAAAAAUGUGCCGCAAACGACCUAAGGCACGCCAGUUCUUCCUUUUCAACGAUAUCUUGGUCUACGGGAACAUUGUUAUUGCUAAAAUGAAGUAUAACAAACAGCAUCUUAUUCCGCUCGAAGAGGUCCAACUGCAGGCACUGGAAGAUAGUGGCCAGUACCGAAACGGAUGGCUUAUUCGAACGGCUACAAAAUCAUUUGCGGUGUACGCAGCAACGCAAACGGAGAAACAGGAAUGGAUGGCCCACAUCAACAAAUGUAUAGAGGAUUUAUUACGCAAAAGUGGCAAAAAACCGGUCGAAACGCAUGCGGCCGUAUGGGUGCCGGAUAGCGAAGCGACUAUUUGCAUGCACUGUAAAAAGACACAGUUUACCAUGUUAAUUAGAAGGCACCACUGCCGAAACUGUGGCGCAGUCGUUUGCGGCCCAUGCUCGUCAAAAAAGUUUAUUCUACCAGGACAAAGCAAUAAACCCCUGCGUGUAUGUCUCGACUGCUACGACAAUCUAACUUCCCUGAAGCGUGAUGGAAACAAACCUCAAAUUGCCGGCCAAAAUAACAAUAAGCCGGCCAACUCCCCGGAAAGCUCCGGCGAAGAUGACUCGGGAGACGAGGAAGAAUCUGUCAAGGAGAGCGAUACGCACGAUGAACCUAAAUUCUACAAUGACGUUAAAAUUGAAAAAUGAUGUUAUGAGAAAGGAUCUAUUGGAACAACAUACAAGCAACGUACGGGAAAAAACUUUAAGAGCGAUAUCAAAGAGAAAAAUAGUUGGACACAGCUUUCCAUCGCAGAUGUCGGUGUUGUGAGACGAAAGAACGCAUAAUUUCAUUUUAAUAUUUUCUCCUAUAUAUGUAUCUUAUUAUAUUGUUUAAGCAAAAUCAAUGACUCUUCGGAGAGUAUUGCAUUGUUCAAU